AAUUGUACUGCUACCGAUGUGGCGUGCCUGGUCACUUUUCAGUUGCAUGUACCACAGAGUUGUGCAACAUAUGUCAGAAGCCAAAACAUGACACGGAGUGACCGCUUUUGUCUAUACCGGUGCCGAUGGUAUCUAUUUAUGGAGUGUGUGAUGCUGAACUCAUGUUUUUCGAGACGCUUGUGAUGCAUUCUUGCAGGCCUCGUCUGGAGAAUGCCAGGACGGGCUUGAUUAGAGUUACACAUGGUACUUUGGCUGAGGAUCAGAUUAUUGCUCAACUUAGACAGUUGGUAUCGAGUUCUUUUCAGUGGGCUCUAGAGAGGAUUGGAGAUCAAGUGUACAAGGUUGAUUACCCGACUAAGAUUGAUCUAGAUAGGAUCAACAACUUUGGCAUUUGCAAGGUUCCUGGCAGCCCUUGUCGCCUUGAGUUUGAUGAGUGGAAAUAGAAUGAGCCGGCUGGGGUUCCUCUUAAGAAAAUCUGGGUGAGAUUCUCGGGCGUUCCUCCUAAAGCACUUAAUGAGUAUCUUGUGGUGGCGAGUCUGGGCUCGCUGAUUGGUAAAACUCGGGAGGUGGACAUGGAUUUCACACGUAAGCAUGGGAUUGCACGGCUGCGAGUUGGGGUGAUUGAUGUGGAUUUGGUGCCUGCUAUGUUAACGUGGUUUUAUGCUGGUUUGGGAUAUGAUCUAAAACUAUUGAUUGAGGGCCAGCCUAUGGCUUUGGAUGAGGACAGAGCUAGUGGACCAGGGGACGGCACGUAUGAUUCUGAUGGGCGUCAGGAUGCUUUGAUGGACCAGGAUAAGAGAGGAGAUCCACCUCCCUCAUCUGGGGGAACUGGACAGUCGGAGCUAGGAACGGCGGCUCCAGUUUCCGUGUCCAUGCCCAUGACUGAGCUUCAUUUCGGCUCUUUCGGGGCGGCUUCGGCGCCUGCUCGCCUAUGGGCUGAUAGGAUGGACAGUACAGACCCGGCAGAGAGAGGUGGACAUGGUGGGAGAGUUAUCUUCGGCGGGUGAGCGCCCGACACCGGUUGUGGUUCGGAUUUCUUCUCCAUUGCCUAUGCAGGUGUCACAGGCGGUGACACCCGCACACGAGGAUGCUGCUUCGCGGAUUCAGACGGCAGCACUCCCACCGUAGGAGGCGGCGUGAGUGUUGCCUUUGGAGACUUGUGUCCAGCCACACACUGCUGACCGAUAGGAGGCUUCGGUUGAGGAGGUGGUGGCAUUUGGUGGCAUCCCUGAUCUGACAUCUGGGGGAGACGGACCAGCAAGCGCAUCCAGGAGCAGCCGGACGCGGAUGACUUUCAGAUGGGGUGAGCCAUGCGGGCUGCCAAGAUUCGAGAUGUCGAGGCUGUUUUAGGUUUGUCAGUUAACACUGAGUUUUUAGUUUUGCAUUUUUCUGAGAAUGAUAUUAUGCAUAGGGCUGAUAGUUUAAGUAUUUCUUUGGGGAGUAGCAAUAGUGAGGUUGCAGCUUCCAUUAACGAUUUACUUGAUCUAGAGGCUGAUCGCGCACUUAAUAUGCUUAAAACCAUAGCAGCUGUCAAACCAAUGAAAGAAAGCGAAAUUAAUGAACUAGGAGUUAAUGAA